AUGGAGCACUCUGGCGUCUUGACCAAGAUCGUGGCGGGUGAAGAAGGCAUCCGAGGCCUGUGGAGCGGGUUGACGCCGGUGCUGUGCAAACAGGGUACCAACAGCGCAGUCCGCUUCACGACGUUUGCGAUGCUCCAGGAGCGCGUUGCGGCGCGGUGGCCUCAGCUGGAAGGCGGCGUCGGGAGUACGCUUGUCUUGGGCGGGAUUAGCGGUGUCUUUACGGUGUAUGCGUCGAUGCCGUUUGAUAAUAUCAAGACGAGGAUGCAGAGCGUGCAGAGUGUUGACGCACGGUAUACUGGUAUGAUGGACUGCGCUGCGCGGAUUUGGAAGAGUGAUGGGGUGACUGCUUUUUGGAGGGGCACGUCGCCGAGGUUGGUGAGAUUGACUCUCUCGAGCGGCAUCACGUUCACGGUCUAUGAUCAAGUGGUGCGUCUGAUGAAGCCGUCGCAGACAAGUCAGAAAGCCAACGACUUGCAACGCCUAUAA